AUGCAAGAAGAUCAACGAUUUCGUUCAUUAUUUGAAGUAGAAAUCGAAACGAAGUUUCCAGUAAUUAGUGAGCAAACAAAAUUUCGUAACCGUAAUGCUGACGAUGUACGUGAUGGGUAUGUUGAAAUUUUACCAUAUCGCGAAACGUUCGAUAAUACAGUAAAAACUCGAGUGCAUGCAUCAUCACAAAUAACACCUUCAAAGAAGACAGUAUCUGUACAAACAGUAUGCACAUUUCCAACACAUAAAUGGACCCAAUAUGGAUAUGAAUACGAACCACCGGUUGAGGUACCAAUAAUUGUAAAGAAAGGGCAACCAAGACCUAAAACCCCAUUGGAGAAGUUUUUAAGUUCAAGUGGAGUUGAUCCAAUUUAUGAUGAAAUGGUUUAUAAUAGUAUUUUAAAUUUAUACAAAGAUGAUUAUCCUGAUUUAUGUACUGACGAAUAUUCUAGUAAAUCGUCACAAAAUUUAGAGUUUAACGAAUUUAUGUCAUUUGCUGAUGUAAUAAACUGCCAAGAUAAAUUAAUUGAAGCUUGUUCCUGGCAUCAUUCGUGGAGUGGUAUUGUUGCAUUAUCGUAUGUUGACGCAUCUACUUCUAGUAGACUUCAAUCAAAACCUUCUCGAGAUGAAGUUUACAGGGCAAUUCAAGGUAAAAAUCCAGUUUUAUUAUGGAGUACAUCGGAAACAUUACAUCCGAUACUAGAAUUAUAUGCACCGCGUGAAGUGCGUGAAUUGGAAUUUUGUCCAUUUAACGAAAAUUUACUACUUGGUGGCUUAAUGAAUGGUCAAGUAAUAUUAUGGGAUUUAACAAAUCGUAUAAAAUUUGAAGAGCAAAAUGAAGUUUUAACCCAUCGACGGCCGAUUAGUUCCAUUGUAUGGUUACCACCACAAUUCCGUAUUAAUCGUUCUGGUCAAUCAUCAACAGUACCAAGUGCUAAUGUGAAUCCAUCAUACCAAUUUUUAACAUCAUCUGAGGAUGGAUGUAUUUAUUUCUGGGACUUAUCCUUGGAGGUAGAUAGUACCCAAGAAAUUAAAAAGGAACGUGUCUCAAAGCGAUUGCACACCCGGCUACCAGAAUUAAAUGUUGAUAGAUCGCCCUACUGUGUACUAAACGGCUUUUUAAAACCUUUUUACAAACUAAACAUUCCAAAACAAGGUAAACAAGAUUUAGUAAUUAAUCCAAUUACUUGCAUAUCAAUGCCACCAAUUUAUGUUGACUAUAUUAAAAUAUCUGAGACUAAUGCACGCAAUAUAACCAGUCAAGUAAUUUUCGAACCAAAAAUUCCACUGGAUGUAAAACCAUUUGAACAAGUAGUUUAUAUUGGUUUUGUAGAUGGUGAAUUUGGUGUUGCCAAAUGGCUUGGUUAUGAGAUUGAUACUGGAUCUCCUUUGAACGUAGAGACACUAGAAAUACAAAUGUUUCGUCAAGCACAUGAUGGUUCUAUUUUAGACAUAAUUACAACCAAAUUUUUAGAAAAUACAAUAUUAACAAUCGGGGGUAAGUUGGCUGCAUUGUGGGAUAGAAAUUUUCAAUUAGCCCCAAUUUUUGUUAUUCGGAAAUCUAAAUCGGUAACAUGUGCCUCAUGGUCAUUAUUUCGACCAUCUUGUUUUCAUAUAGGUCUCUCGGAUGGUACAAUUGAGAUUUAUGAUAUUAUACAUCGUUCUGAUAAACCAAUAGUAAGACAAAGUGUUUCGGGAAAAGGACUUACAGUUAUAAAAAGCCAUAUUAUUAAAUUAAAUCAGAAUGUUUUUGGUAUUGGCGAUUAUCGUGGUACAUUUCGAAUGCUAAAUAUUCCAUCAAUUUUUUGUGAAAAUAAUGCUGAAAUACAUAAUACAGUAAAAAAAAUUUUACAUUCAGCAGUCCAGCGACGUAGAGAUUUCUUCGAAUGGCAGGAAAACUGGCUAGAAAUCCAUAAAGAUUUAAUUAAUUCCAUUGCACAGGAAAAAGAACGUGCUAAAGAGGAAAGAACUAAACAAUUAGAAGAAGAAAUUCGUAUGGCAGAACAAUUAGAGCAAAAACGUAUUGACGACGAAAGGAAACGUAUACUUGCUGAAAGUAGACCGCAACCGGGACAGUAUGAAAAAUGGGCUCAAAAGAAAUUUGAUGAUAUGCAAGCAAUUCGUAUGCACAAUGUAUUAUUAGAGAAGAAACAAUUACGACGGGAAGAUCUAGUAAUAUAUUUAGCACCGUUAAAUCGUAUUGAAGAUGAAAAGAAAAAGAAGGCAAUCAAACAAGAAAAAAUGCUAGGUAAAAAGAGUAAACUAUUCGAAGAUGCAUUGGCAAUAUCAUUUCCUGAAACACAAGAUGCAGAUUGUGGAUUUACUAAAAAGCAACCUGUUUCUAAAAUUAGUGAUGAAUCUAAACUGAUCGAUAGAAGUACAAUACGAAAAUAUCUAAAUAUGUAUGAAGAAUACGAAGUUAAUUCUUAUUCACUGAUCGAUUCGAAUAGAUAUGAAGUUAAAGUGACUUGGAGUGAUGUACUUAAAAGAGGCAAUGAGCGCAAAACUACAAUAGAUAUUGGUUUGAAGCUAAAUUCGAAACAUCGAAAUCGAAUUAAAACUGAUCCUCCCAAAUUACUACCAACAAUUGCAGAAAUCUCUUCUUCUUCAAUACCUUCAAUAAGAAGUCAAGGAGGUACAAUUCAUACCAUUAUGAAACCAGACGAAGAAAGUGAACUUUCAAUAGAAAUGGAACAUGAAGUAGAAUUGGAUGAGUAA